AUGUUUUCCAUUCUUUUGUCGCUCUUUCUCGCAGGUCGAGUUUUCGCUUUCACCUUUAACGUAACUGUGACGCCAGCGCUGGCGACCCUGGCCCCCUUACAGCUUUUGAACUUUUCGUUCACUGGCGCAAUCGACUCUUGCCAGUCCCUCUGCAACGAUGCGUCCACUGCAUUCGCCAAUUGUACUGCCUCUUCCCAGGCAGCCACUCCGGCGCCGGACCCUACCCCUGACCCUGCCUCCGACUGUCUCUGCGCCAACAGCACUGUAGUCGCCCUCGUCAGCUGCGAGCAAUGCAUCUUUUCUGCCCAAAUCGCUGCCAAUCUCCGCCCUAAUGAUCCUCGCGCCGGUAGUCAGCCAUUGUUGACAGCCUAUUCCGCUUCGUGCGCUGCUGCCAAUAUCAAUCUUACCACCUCUCAAACCGCCUUGACACUCCCUGCGAACUGGGACGGACCAUCCGGUAUUCAUCUUUCCGUCGCUGGCACCGUUUUUACAGUCAUGGCAGCUACCGGCCUUGGGGGCUCGGCAAUGUGGAUGUUAUCUAAUUUGUGA